CCCUUCAGUCAGUUAGUGAGAGUGUGUCGUCGAUGGCAGUGGCCCGGCGGUUGUGUUGCUCGCGGGCCAGCGGGGGGCCUCCUCUUCUUAGAGACCCGGGGGUGCGUUCCCCGGACACGCUGCUCGACAUAACGGCGAAAGUUGUCGCCGAAAAUAUUCCCUUUCAGCGUAUCGAAGAACGCUACGACCGUAUUCCUGAACCAGUGCAACGAAGGAUCAUCUACUGGUCCUUCCCCCGGAACGAGCGAGAUAUAUGCAUGUACUCUUCUUUGUCGCGGGUGCCUCCAGUGAAUUCGAGUGGUGAACCCCAGAACUUGUCUUUUUGCAAAGGAUUAAAAUUACUGGAAACCGGCUGCGUCGAUAACGUCCUUCAAGUUGGCUUUCAUCUGAGCGGAGUGGUGACGGCCUGCCGCAUAUCGCCUCCUCCAACUUUACCCUGUGGAGCACCGGAGCCUCCUCAAAGAUUUAAAGUUUCAGUUAGUUUUGACAGAUGUAAAAUAACUUCGGUAACGUGUAGUUGUGAGACGAAAGAUAUAUUUUGGUGCCAACACGUUGUGGCACUGUCCCUGUAUCGAAUUCGAAAUGCCGAAAGUGUUCGACUUCGUGUUCCUAUAUCAGAAACUUUACUGCAAAUGGAUAGGCAGCAACUUCAAAAAUUUGUACAGUAUUUAAUAUCGGAACAUCACACCGAAGUGUUGCCUACCGCUCAAAAGUUAGCUGAUGAAAUUCUCCAGCAGAAAUCGGAAAUCAAUCAAAUUCCCGGCGCGCCGGAUCCAACUGCCGGAGCCUCCGCUGACGAUGACCACUCCUGGCAUCUGGACGAAGAGCAAGUGUGCGAACAGGUCAAAUCGUACCUCUCGCAGGGAACUUAUUAUAACGCAAAUAAGCAGUUAAACUCUCUAUUUUCGAAGGUGAGAGAGAUGCUCAGGGCGCAGGAUUCAAAUGGGGCGAGAAUGUUGACGCUUAUUACGGAACAGUUCCUUUCCGAUCCUCGACUGCAGAUGUGGCGCAAUCAAGGAACACCAAUGACUGAUAAGUGCAGGCAGCUUUGGGAUCAAUUAGGUGCGUUAUGGGUGUGUAUUGUUUUAAAUCCAAACAGCACCCUUCACGAGAAGCAACAUUGGAAGGCGAUGCUGGAGAAAUGGACUAGAAUAGACGUUUGCCCACCUGAGGAUCCCGACUACAGACUGCAACAACCCGGCCAUCCGUCACAGAGAGAUUCUUUUGUAAAUAGAGAUAGAGAUCGGUAUUAUUAUGAUAGGGAUAGAGACAGAUAUCUUGAUCGCGAGAGAAGAGAUAGACGAGAACGCGAACGAGACAGAGACAGGGGAAGGGAUCGACUCCUCUAUGAUUCUUCAGAUAGUUCUGAUGACGAUGAUGGGGAAUCCAGUUCGUAUAGUCACAGAAGCAGUAAACGCUUAAGGUUAUCGGGAGGCCAUGCCAAAUCCGUUGUACCUGCUUUACCAAGGACAAUAUUCCACAGAGCUUUGGAUGCGGUUGGAAUGUCGUGGGAAAAUAUGCACUUAAAGAAUAUUUUAUCUAGUGAUACAUACUGUUCACAUGUUCCAGACAGUUCCAGUUCCGGUAGUUUUAAUUCUCAAGGGCAGCCUUUGUGGCAUGAAACCUUAUCUUUGUGUGCCGCUCGUGUUGAUUCUCUAAGGUCACAUGGUCACAGAGAAGCUGCACUGAGGUUGGCAGUUUCAGUAGUUCGUACAAUGAAACAGCAGCAGUUAAUAGCACAACGCCGAUGGCAUGAGAGUCAACAAACUAGCAGCACAACCAACACUCGUAGUCAAGGUUCAAAUGUGCAACAAUCACCCUGUACUUCAAGGUGCAAUGGACAAGGUUCAUGUUUAACAACCUCGGUUAAUGCUCCUGCAAAUUCAGAUGGAUGGGUCGGGCAUCCUCUUGAUCCAAUUGGUACUUUGUUUGAUACACUUGCGGAUGCUUCUAUUAUUCCAGAAGAUCAACGUCCUAGAACGCCUACUUAUUUAGGUAGUUUUUUAUUUUUAGAUUUGGUAGGCCUAGAAGAUCAGCACAAUAAUUUACGACCCAGGUAUCAUCACGUACCAGUAGUUGGUUCGCGCGAUAGAUCCGAAACAUACCUAACGUUAGCUUUCGAAGUUGCCUUAAUUGGUCUUGGCCAGCAGCGUCUUAUGCCCGUCGGACUUUACGCACAGGAAAAGGCGUGUAAGCAGGAGGACCGUUUAAUUGCGAAGUUGCAAGAGAUUGAUUUGGAUAACAGUUUGGUAGCGGUGCUGAGGCGACAGGCGAUAGUGUUGCUUGAGGGUGGACCCACCAGCGGGUUGGGGAUAGGCAUUCAUCCCGAAAGUGUUCCUAUGCAUACGUUUGCACGAUUUCUAUUUUUAUCUCUGUUGAAUUACUAUCCUGAUUUGGCAUACGAAGUGGGGCUAAGAGCAAUGCGACUGCCUCUACUGGAAGAGCAUGAGGAUUCUGAUGAUCCGAUGGGGGGUAACGCAUCGAGUUCGUUGAUGAUGAGUAGAUCACCUCGAUGGUUUACUUUGGGACAUAUCGAAACUCAACAAUGCGCUUUGAGUUCAACCAUGCUUAGUGCUGCAAAAGGUGAAGUGAUGCGCUUACGAACUGUCUUGGAAUCCAGUCAGAGGCAUAUUCAUAGCUCCUCGCAUUUAUUUAAACUUGCACAGGAUGCCUUUCGGUUUGCUACCCCAGAAAAUGGCCCACGGCAUCCGACACUGUUGAGUGUGGCUUUCGAGUUAGGUCUUCAGGUUAUGAGAAUGACAUUGUCUUCGUUGAACUGGAGAAGACGCGAAAUGGUACGUUGGUUAGUUACAUGCGCUACAGAGGUCGGAGUCGACGCACUAAUCUCAUUAAUGCAAAACUGGUACCAAUUUUUCACCGCUACUGAAGCCACCGGUCCUGUAGCUACCACCAUAAUGUCGCACAGUACGAUGAUGCGCUUGAAUCUGUCAUUUAGUCAACAGGAAGAACUGUCCGGAUGCGCAAGAACAUUGGCGCUGCAGUGUGCUACCAAGGACCCUCCAAAUUGUGCCUUGAAUGCGUUGACCUUGUGCGAAAAUGAGGCGUUGGCUUUCGAAACGGCUUAUCAAAUCGUAAUCGAUGCCGCCUCUCAUAUUAUGACCUCAUCUCAACUGUUUACGAUCGCAAGGUAUAUGGAACAUCGCGGGUAUCCCACUCGUGCUUAUAAAUUAGCAAUGCUGGCAAUGAAGAAUGUACAUCUUGCUUACAAUCAGGACACACAUCCAGCCAUAAAUGACAUCCAUUGGGCUUGCGCCCUGAGCCAUUCUUUAGGAAAGAGCGAAUUAACCAACAUGAUUCCUCUGUUAGUAAAGAACGUCCAGUGCGCAACCGUACUCUCCGACAUUCUCCGCCGAUGCAGCAUGACCGCGCCGGGCAUAUCGUGCCCACAUCCGCCCCCUUUGGACAAUGGAAAACAUCACACUCAUCCACACCGAAGUAGGAGUUGUACAGCCACCAUAAAACCUUUAUCAUACGAUCGACCUCCACUCCGACAACUUCUAGAGGCCGCAGUUGCAGCCUACAUCAACACCACACAUUCAAGAUUGACACAUAUCUCGCCUCGACAUUACGGUGAUUUUAUAGACUUCUUAACCAAAGCUAGGGAUACCUUUAUAUUGGCGCACGAUGGUCACGCGCAAUUCUCUCAGUUAAUCGAAAAUAUGAAGGUCGCCUAUAAAGGAAAGAAAAAGUUAAUGUUUCUCGUGAAGGAACGGUUCGGCUGAUAUAACUCGAAAAAGUGGUUUUUGUAGUUGUACAGAGAUAAAAGUAAGUAAAGUGAUAUAUUUAUUGUAGUAUUUUCGCGUAACUAAUUGAGUGGGAGGGAACGCAUGUAUCAUCAUUAAUAAUUAGGUGCAAAACUUUGGAAUCCAUACAUAUAAAUCACAUUUAUACAGUGUGUAGUUAUCUUACAGGGUAGAUCAAUGCUUUCCUUCGUAAUUUUUCUUGUUUCCAAAAAAAUAUUGAUAUUUCUAAGACAUUUGGGACUACCCUUUAUUGCUGUCAUUGAAUGAGUAUGCUUUUACUAGUUUUUCACAAUUAUUUUACCAUGUCUUGAUCUAGCCCCUCAAAAUUUUUACUUCAUGUGCUCAUUCUAUGGUGUCUUUUUCAAAGUUAGAUAAACAGGGAACCAUACAUUUGCAUUUCAGUUUAAGCUUGUUUUUUUUUGCUGUUGUGUGAAUCCUUUUUUAAUUAAAUUACACGAACGUCUACUGUCUUUCAAUGUUAAUACCAAUAUUUGGAGAUGUUGUACUCAUGAACAAUUACCUUAAAAAAUUGUGGUUCACUGUUUGCGAUUCAGUCAAAUACCUAUUCAACACACUGUAUAAGGAUUAAUUAAAAAUUGAUUGUCUUCACUUGAAGUAAACUGUACUUCGUACUUAAACAAAUACUAGUUGUUCCAUUUCCAAUAAUCAAACAGACAAUACUGUAAAUGAGAAAAGUUAUCGCUUUAGUUUGACUGCUUUAUUAAUUAUCUUUUUAAUAAUAGACUGAUUUUUUUAAAAUUAGAUUCGGCAAGUGAAGGUCUAGACUGACAUAAUUGAGCUAUUCGUAAAAAAAUGUUUGGUAUUUCCUGCAUCGAAUAUGUUGGUCUUAGAUUCGUGAAAUUUUAUAUACAUGUAGGUAUGUACUAUAUGCGAUCUCAUGCCGUUAGGCAGUUAUAUUAGUAUUAUUUUCAUGUAUUUAGCUAAUUAUAGGUAUGACGAAUAUCGUAUAAUAUGAAAAACACCUAGUUUUUCUAUAAGGGUUUGGCAGAAAUGGGUUGUAAAUAUUAUACUAGGUUCGUCUUAAAUUUGCAAUUAGUUGUUUAUGUUUGUUUAACCAAAGAUUGUUGUUUGUAUAUUUGUGUAAAUAAUUAUUAAAAUUAUAAGUGAUAAUCAUAACAUCUCUUGAACAAGUGGCAAGGAGCUAACUUUUCUACAACCAAAAAUCGCUGCGAAUUACCAAAUACAAUCUGGGUUGGGAAUGAAUUUGUAAUAAAAGGUUUCGUUGUAGAAAGUAGCUACUUUUGCCAUGACUACAAGGUAAAUGCUUCCUGUUAUUUAUAUAAUAUACAGUAUAUAUCGAUAAGUACAAAAUAAUAUUUAAAAGUAGCAGUCGACCAAGCUAUAGUGCGAUGUCAGCUGUGUAUUCCAUUUAAGCUACCUCUGCACCUCAUCUAUUAGAAAUGAUCGGCUAUCAACCAACGCUACAAUAAACUUUGUGGUUUCAAAUUGUAGCUUUGGUUGACUUUUGGAGCUAUUGACUGAAUUAUUUAUUAAGAGUACCGAAGCUCUUGAAAAUCAAACUUAUAUCAUUUCAAUCAGUAUAUCUUCAAGGCGUUGUAAGAAGUUGUUUGGCCUCUCGAUAUCAAAAAAAAUGUAAGUAGAAUUAAUUUGUUUCUUCGCAAUUUUUAUACAAUUAUUUAUUGAAAAGAAAUGGCAAUAUUGUUGAAAUAAGUAAAGUAACACAAGUAAUUAAUGUAAGGAUUGAUGUCGCUGCAAAUACUUUGUUUAUUAAUUAAUUAAUAUUUUUUGAACUGUGAUGUAGACAUUUUACCAUAAUUACUGUUAUUUUAUGAGUUGUUUUUAUUUGGUUUUAUCUCUUCUAUUUGGUGACUAAAUUUUACUGUUAAAAAGGAGUUGUUUUCAAAUACUGUAAGUGAUAAUUUUUAAUUAUGUAUAUAUAUAAUGGUUCCGCCAAAUCGGCACAUUCCAGUAUGGUAAAAUUACUUUUUUAUUAGUUGUUGUGUUGUGUUUUGUGUAAUUGGUAGAGAAGGACGUUGUAUAUAUUGCCAAGAUUAACUUCGCUCAUUGUUUGUUGAACAACAGACUGCAAUCAUUGCAUUCAAUUUGUCUGCGUGUACGAAUGAUUUAUGAUUAUUUUUAUGAUAAAUAAAAAUAUUUGUAAUGCGAAA